AAAAUACAUACUUUGAAUAACUCACUAGUAUGGCCAGUGAAGACAUUUCAAAACAUUUCAAAGGUUCACAUGAAAUACAAGAAUUUCUUGAAGGCCAAGAUGAGUUAGAUCUACAAACACAAUGGAAAAACUGUCAGAAAAAUCCUGGCCAUGUAGGCUUUGUACCGAUAAAUAAGUUUUCCAUUAGCGAUUUACCUGCUGAUUACCAAGACGACGACUUAUACGAAUUCACAAAAGCUCUGGCUUUCCGGACGGUUAGAAUAGCCGUGAAUUUCACUAGUGUAUAUAGACCUGAGAUUGUACCUGGCACGGGAGACCCAUAUCCUGGCUACAAAUACAGGGGGAAAAAGUCAGGGCAUACAGGAACUGGGAAUAUGAUAUCUGCGCCUAAGAAAACGGACAGUUACACAACUUGCCCAUGUCCUGUUUGUGAAAAAAAUAAUACUCCUAGCAAAGUAUGGUGGGAAAUUGAGGUGGCAACAUCCAAACAUGUGAUUUUUGAUGACAGUGAGGCGAAACAAGCAAGCUGUAGGUUGUGGUUUGAUGAUGAUGAAAGUCCAGUGGUCAACAUUUAUGGGUGGAAAUGUAAUGUAAACAGAGAUCCUUUUUUUGAUGAAAUGAAAGUCUACUUUGUUACACAUGAAACAGAAAUAAUUAAUAAACUGGAGAAUAUGGAUCUAAAAUAUAAUUGCCAUUUGAAAACAUUGUAUGACAAAUACCAGACAAGAGAUGUAAACAAGAUGACCAUUAUAGUGUCCCAUCCCCAUGGCUGUUCUAAGCAGGUUUCUUUUGGUAACUGGGUACACAAGCAAGCUGCAAAGUAUGCUUUUGUGGAAAUGGCAGCAUUAGGCAAGUACACGUAUACAAACUCCACAUGCCCAGGUAGCAGUGGGGCUCUGAUCUAUCGAUUGGAAGCUUUGCUUAAUUUUCAUCACCACAGUGGAGUUUCAGCUGGUGGAAUUAAUUUCAGUGGUGUGUUUCCGUUUUAAAACCUAUGUUGUCUAACGUUUGGCUAUUAGAUGUUAGCAUAGCAAAAUUAUAUCA